AUGUCUUCAUUUGGAAGCGUUAAUGGCCGUAGGAUAGACGACAUGAGUGAUGUGUGGUGGCUGAGGUUGAAGACGAAGGUACUUCCGCGAGAAGAACCUUCUUCUGCGCGUGUGGAAGGGGAAGUUGGAUAUUGUAGCAGAAGAAGGGGUUCUUCCACGGGAUCCUGUGGAAGAAAGGUAAGAAGGCUUUUCCGCGGGUUCCGGCGGAAGAAGGCGAAGAAGGUUCUUCCGCUAGGUCCAGCGGAAGAAGGUUCUGCAAAUUCUUCUAUAGGAUCCAGCGGAAGAACCUGCGGAACCUUCUUCCGCAGAACACAAGGUUUAGGUCAUGCGUUAGGAGCUGGUAGAGGUAGAGGCAUUAGUGAGGAUGCGCAUGAGGCUGAUGUUCCUCUGCGUCGUAGACCUACUGCUUCAACACAUAGGCAACGGACAGAGGGAGUGGCUACUGAUGGGAGCUUGGGGUCACCUGCUGCAGAUGAGGGUUUCCCCGGUGGACCACGUGACCCAUCGAUUUUGACCGAUUUUGCUGAGCAUGUCGCACACAGCAUCUGGAGUAAACAGGAACGACCCGAUCUGAAGUUGGUCUCCCACGGUAGAAAAGUAUAUAAAAUUGGGAGACCAACGCCUGAGAUCAAAGGGUUGAUUGUUGGCACCGGAUUGAGUCCACUGAUCAGGUAUUCUGUUAUCACCACUGAUCCUAGACUCAUAUCCGCCUUCGUCAAGAGGUGGCAUCGCGAGACUAGCACGUUCCACCUGCCAGUAGGCGAGUUGACGAUCACAUUGGAUGACGUGGCGUCACUCCUACACCUUCCCAUCACUGGCGCGCUGCAUACGUUCGAGCCGCUUGUUACUUCAGACGCGAUUGGUCUACUGACGGAGCUUCUUGAGGUCAGUCAUGAGGAGGCUAUAUUUGAGACCCGACAGGCUGGUGGGCCUCAUGUCCGGUUGGGGUGGCUUCGAGACUUGUAUGAGAGCCAGUGCAGGGCCAGACGAUGGGUUGUAGUAGCCCGCACAUAUCUGCUCCACUUGGUGGGUUGUACUCUUUUCGCCAACAAGAGUUCAACCCAUGUACAUGUCGUGCACUUGGAGGCUUUCAGGGACCUAGCCCAGGCAGGGGGAUUCGCCUGGGGAGAGGCUGCAUUAGUCCACAUGUACGAGCAUCUGAACAACGCGUCGCAGGCCUCUACACGGCAGCUGGGCGGUUAUAUUACACUUCUCUAGUGCUGGAUAUACGAGCACUUUCCUACAGUGCAUACAUCCGUCGUUCAUGAUGCUUAUGAUGAGAGGAGCCCACGGGCCUGUAGGUGGCUUACGGGUAAGGCUCAUAUGACGGGGAUCAAGGGAGCCCCGUAUCGGAGACGUUUGGAUGCCCUGACUGUGACUGACGUGUGCUGGAUGCCCUAUGGUGAACACCGGGGAGUCAAGGCCUUUGACUUGAUAUCGUCGUACACCGGCCAGCUCAGAUGGGGUCAGAUUGUGGUGCACGUUCAACCUGAGUGGGUUCUUUGACAGUUUGGCUACCUUCAGACGGUCCCUCCGCCACUGGUUUGUGAUUCUUUGACGGGUGAUGAUAUAGAUGAUCGGUGGCUGCAUUUUUCAGACCAUUUGGUGCCUUCAGGGGAGUUCUGUGUAGUUCCUGGACAGGUAGCGCCAGACUACAUGGAGUGGUUUUUCGGAUAUCGUACCCAUUCAUCACGCGGACCGAGGAGACUGCUGCGUCGAGACAUCCACCUCCUCCUCAUCAUGAGGAGUUCGUCGAGCCACCCAUCCUCGAGGUUUCAGUCGCGACCGAUCUCCCUACGCAUUUAGUGGUUCACUGCGAAGGAUGUCAGGGGAUGGCUCAGGAUUUAGGAGCGAUUGUUGAGGAUUUGGAGCGGGUCAUCAACCUCAUGAUGGUCACUGAGGGCACUGACUUACAUGACAUCAUGACUCGUUGUCUGAGGAGAGCUAGAGGUGAUGCCGCAGAUGGAAGUCUUAGGCCGUGCCAGAGACGCCACAUAGAUUAGGAUUUAUAUUUUUAUUGUACUUAAAUUAUUAAUUUUUGUAUUUGUUUAUGUAUGUCAUAAAACACAUUUACUUACAUCAUUUAUGAUUUAUGUUUGUCUCUCUAUAAAUAUAUGGUUUGAAAUUUAAAU